CCGUAGUUCACAGCUGAAUUAAUAGGAAGUGUGCCUGCAAAAACAUAUAAUUUUUUUUAUAUUUCACAAUAGCUGUUGGCUAGUGCUAGUAGAGCGAGUGUAGAUUCGUAGCAUUUAAGAAGAUUUUCGCUUUUUUGACAAUGGAGUACAAUAAUGAAUGUAAUGUAGGACUGCAUAUGUUGUUAGAGGCAGCAGAACUUAUCAGGAAUGAGAACAGAAAUGCUGAAAUAGGGGUUAUUUGUGAAACUCCGACCGUAAUGAACUAUGAGGAAGUGCCCACCGGCUUCUCAAUGUCAGAAAGUUGUUCCUGGAACACAAGUGGUCGAGCAUACCUUUCAUUCGCCAAUAUAGUCGCUUUAACACCAAUAAGGGAAUCGAGGAAUCCGGCAACAUCAUCAGUGCUAGAUUUGUCUUCGUCUUAUAUAGAAGAAUCGCCACCAAGUGGCAAUCUAUCGUACAAGAGCAAUGAGCCCUGUAAUAUUGAUAUAUUUUUGAAUUUAGCUCCCGUUAAUCGCAGCGAGAAAACUGAACCUGUCAGAGGUAAUGCCUGUGUUCCGUUCAAUCUAGCUACAACGAGUAGAAGCGCAUCUGCACAGCGUGUGUUCCAUCCACCUAUAAGCGACGUUUAUCUUCGUAGUCCUCUUUCUCCGCUGGACAUGAAUAACAAUAAACUUCAAACAGGCUUUUCGGCAGGCUCCCUGCAGGCCGCCUAUACACCGAUGGAUCAAGAGCAGCUUCCAGUUGUCAAUAAUCAAUGUCAACCAGGUAUAUCGUCCAAAAAGUUCAAGGCUGUCCAUAGUGAUAAUAUGUAUUUACGCGAAUCAACGGAAACAAGCAAUGAAGCUCGGCAGAUGAUAGAUGAAUACUUCAAUUCCGGAGGCGACGAUGGAAACGACUAUGACCAUGACCCUGACAAUGUCGGUGAUGCUACGAUGUUGAACGAAUUCUCAUACGAAUACUUUGAGGUGUAUCGCAAUGAUGCUUUUAUUGGGGCCAAAGAUGAAUUUACCAACGAACAGGCCGAUGAACGUGUUGCUCAUGAAGCCGUAAUAGAUCCAGGUUUCGAAGAAUUGGAAAAAGAAAACGUCGUAAAUCGUCCAAAAUCGUCAUACCGCAAAAGGAUGGAAAACAAGAUUCGAUAAGAAAAGGGUCUACAAUAUUUAACGUUACAAUGGUACCACGGUUCCAGCACGUAGCUUAAAGAAGGCAUGCUCCUGUUCGAAGCUUCGUUGUGGAGAUCAAUACCCUGAAGAUAUACGACAGAAAAUUUUGAAGAACUUUUUGAUGCUUUCAAUUUCCGGACAAAACCAGUUUCUUAGUUGUCACAUAGCAGUAUCGCACGUGACUGGUCACACAGUGAGUACGAAAGUUUUCUUCUUGUGCUAGUCACUUGAGGUACGGCAACUCGUUGUUACUUGUAAGGUGAUUUUUGGGCCUAUACAUUAUAAGCCCAAAACGAUACAAAACACAUCAAUGUGGGUAUCUUUUCACUUAAAAAACUUCUUUGAGUUGAGGGAAAGAUUAGUACAUGUACGCCUAUAGAAGGAUUAAAUCGGGUUUUUAUUGUGCAUUCUUCUAGGUAAUUGAUUCAAAAAGGGAGUACUCACUGCGAUAUUUUCUUCCUGGAGUCGGAGGCAUGGUUCGAGUUUGCAAGGCAAUGAUUUUGGGAACCUUGGAUAUCACAUUCAGAAAAAUGCGAUGCAUCACUGUCAAAAAACUGGACGGUUUAGGGAUCAGAGCCGACGACGAGCGCGUAGAAAAUUGCAACAGAAAUCCAAUUGGCAUUGAAGCGAAACAAUACAUUGAAAGCCAUAUUCUGUCGUAUCCAGCUUACACGAGUACCGCACCUCUUAGGGCAUCUUCAGCGAUGGUCCAAAUCGUUGUUUUGAUCUAUUUUUUGGAACAAACUCAAAUUCACUGGUGCACCGGUGGUGUAAAUUUUGUUUUAUACCAGAUCUAAAUUGAAAAAAAUUGAAACUGGUAUACGUUUUGGACUAUUUUUGUCACUUUUUGGAACAAGAAAUAGAUCGUUCUAAAAUCCUUUGUACGCUACCAAUAGGUGGAUGAAAUGUCUUAUUUCAAUUGAAUACCUCAUUUUCAGCUAUUUCCAUAUGAGCGUUUUGCGAGUGUUGAGGAAUAAAUGAAACAAAGAUAUUUAUGACAAUUCACAAUUCAUUUUUGUGGCUUUUCUGAAGAAUAAAAUGAACAGGUUUGUCGUUUUUGGCUUCAAGGAAACCGGCCAGCAAAAGAGGGAAUUCUGGAAGACCAUAACCGUAGGUUCAACUAUUUGGUUUGCAACCAUCAACCACCAGGAUGACAAAUAUGUUGGCUGUUUGUUAAUCGCCUUAAUUGUAGUGGGACUAGAGAAGACCUUGAGAGGCCAGAAAAAUGUUCCUCGAAGACACUGAACUGAAAACGUUCAAAAUGCAGGCUUGUUUCAAUAUCCUCAAAACCGAAAGCAAGUUUGAUUCUGAAAGAUUAAUGAGAUGAAAACGGAAGAUGAACAUCUACGCGAUCAAAUAUUUUUCGCUAUCCUCCGAAGCCCUACUUGUUGCAGAAAUUUUUCGAUCAUACCAAUCCAUCCUGAGAAAUGUCACUGAUGCUCGGGUCAAGUAUAUAAAGUCUCGUGGGUAUAAAGAGUCUUGCCAAAGUAUUCGUUUAAUGUGCGUAAAAAUUAUCGAAUUUCCGUUUGUUAAAUAUUGAGUGCUUCUCAUUAUAACAAGUCUCAUAAACUGAUAGCAUAGGGUAUUGAAUUGUUGACAGUGUGACAGAUGUCAGCGGUUUGAAACUACAAGAUAUACAACACCGGUGCGGAGAAUAAAAAAAUGGUCUAUAUUAGCUAGUUCUAUGCAGGUUUCGCUGGUGUAAAUCUAGUAUAAAGUUGUUUCAAAAAUAGACCACCGCUGAAAACGCCCUUAUCCCGGCGUUAUUUUCUACAAAAUGGAUCAUGAUCAAGAAAAUUUUUCAAGUUUCUCUUUGGGCGAGGAGAAAUUGUUUGGCAACAAACAGUUGCCUCUCCCUCUGCUAGUCCCAAUAGAAAACGAACCAAUUCCACUACCUCAAGAGAAGUUAGAGGACCUCAAGAAGUUAAUGCCGUUCAUCAAGAACAAGCAGUAUUAUGGAACAAUGCUUAAACAUCUUGUGGUUCCAAAACGAGGCAGGAAAAGAAAACAUUACGGGCAAGACCACUUCGAUGCUGAUUUGGAUGCAGAGGAAGACUGGCCUGUGGAGUAUCUGGAAAUGAAAACAGUUAUUGAUGAAUGUCCAACAUAGUUAAACAUCAUUCCAUAAUUUUCUUACAUUUUAUUUCUUGUUACAUGUUAUAGAAAAUUCUCAGGGAAAUGUAAACAAAACACAGAGCAAUAAAUGUUUAUUCAAUGAUUAAACACUCUUGUCUUUACAAAAACAAAUUUUGAAUAAAAAACUUUCUUUAUGAUAUGCCACAGUUUUAGUUCCUAACACCUUGAUCACCACUUUUUCUAUUUGAACCAGUUUAAACUGUACUCGUCACACUUUUCACUGUACUGCACGUAAGUCUUCUCUUUCACCCGUAUUUAUAUUAUGAGUGAAACAUGAACCAUUAAAUCCAUUUCCAACUCUCAGCACAAAUACAAGCUUUUGUUCCGUGAAAACCGCUCUCUACAGUCUUUCCCAAAUUCUGGUCCUUGAAAUCCUAGGAUUUGUAGAGAAUGUCACUAACGGGUUUCACAUUUCAAGAUGCUGAAAUUUAUACGAUAGAGUCAGAUUCCUACACAGUUCAUAUUAUUGAAUAAAAAAACUACCAUUUCAAUUAUUAUACAUUCGCAUGGGGGUUUUACUUGAUCACUUGAUCGAUACAAUUUUCACUGAAAACUACUCGGUAUAAAUUUGUUUCGGUUUUUUCAAAGCAAACUUCAGUUUAGUUUAGUCGGAUUCAAAAAACCUGACUAAAAUGACAAUCUAGCAAAGGGUACAUCUGAAAUGAGCUUACUCAGAAUCAAAACAAACAUUGGAUUUAACAAAAGGGUCUAAGUCUAUUUUACAAGUUUAAAGGGACUAUUCAUAAUUCAGUUCGUAAACAUCUAAAUUUUUCAGUAAUUCAACGAAAAUAUUUAAAUAUAUUAAAGUUUACAUGUUCGUAAUUAUUUCUGCGUUAAAAAAAAUAGAAAAUCGCUUUCAAUUGUUAAAUAGCAUUUAAAAAAGGAAACUAAAACUUCGAGGUUGAUUUUCUCAAAACUAUUAAAUCCGGGAUAGAUCCGUUUGACAUGUUGCUCUAGAAUUGUAUUCGUUUUAUUUAACUCGCUGAUCCGUUAACCCUGGAAAGUUAGUCUGCGUCAAUUUGACUCCUCGUUUUCUAACAGUGCGUCAGUUUUUUCCUCGUUUUUUCUUAAUCAAUAAUGAAAUUUUAAAUUAACAAUUAAUUGGGUUG